CACCUCACAAACCUUGUUUCUCAGGAGUGAAGGCAGACAAUACAAAAAACAGAUGACACUUGAGAAGUCAGCCACACGACGCUGAAUGUGACCAUGACUCUCUUGUGACUGCAUCCAUACACGCUUGAAAACUAUCAUGUGGGGAAAGUGAGGGAUCAGCCGCACUUGUGCGUUCGCCACAUCUCUGUAUUUGUUCUCAAGAAGCAAGAAAAAGCAAUGGGGUCUCCGGAAAUAAACUCAACUGACUGUCUUCCUAUCGAUGAGUACAUUAAGUCUUAUUAUCUGCCAGUGAUGUACAGCGUCAUUUCUGUAGUCGGGCUCGUGGGAAACUUCCUGGUGAUCAUUGUUUACCUACUAAAACUCAGGCCUUGGAAGAGCAGCAGCAUUAUAAUGGUGAACCUGGCAGUAGCUGAUCUGCUGUAUGCGUUGAGUUUACCUGUGCUGGUCCAGUUUUACGUGACCAAAAACUGGACUCUGGGGGAGUUAAUGUGCCGUUUCAUCCGCUUCUGCUUCUACUACAACCUCUACGGCAGCGUCCUCUUCCUAACCUGCCUCAGCAUCUUCCGUUACGUGGCAGUGGUGCACCCUCUGAAGGCUGCUGAGAUCCGGAGGAAAAGAUGGGCCAUCUUGGCUUGUCUGGCAGUCUGGGCCAUUUCCUUGGUGGAGAUCGGCCCGAUGCUGGGGAUGAUUACUUUACAGCAGAAGGACAACAUGACUAAAUGCCUUGACUUCGCCAGUAAUGAUCCCCAGGUGGUGUGGUGGUACGGUUGGGUACUCACGGGGUUUGGAUACGUGUUGCCGCUGCUGGUGGUGUGCUGGAGCUACACUCACAUCGCAGGCUCUCUGGGCAGCAGCAUAUCCAGAAACAGGCCGAGUCGCUCCCGAGUUCGCACGCUGUCCGUUCUGAUCCUGCUGGUGUUUGUGCUGUGCUUCUUGCCGUACCAUAUCAUGCGUCUGCUGAGGGUGGACAGCCUGCGCAGGCCUGGCGUGUCAUGCAUACAGAGGAGAGGCAUC